CUUCACCUCAUCCUCUGUACCACAAGCUCCAUCUGCAACGGGGAUUCCCCGCGCCGCUCUUCAAAAUGGCGCGUAACAGCGAAAAAGCCCAAUCGAUGCUCUUCCGCUUCCGGGCCCAACAAGCCGCGGACCUCGGAAUCAUCGACAUCGGGCGCACGCGCCGUCCGAAAGCCAUCACCUCGGUGGACUCGAUCCCGAUGUGCGAGAAAUGGCGCGGCCAGGUGCUGAAAGAAAUUUCGCGCAAAGUGUCUCGGAUCCAGGAGCUCAGUUUAAGCGAUUAUCAGAUCCGGGAUCUGAAUGAUGAGAUUAAUAAGUUGAUGAAGGAGAAGUGGACGUGGGAAAUGCAGAUUCGGAAUCUUGGGGGGCCGAAUUAUAUGCGUGGCUCGGGACGGGUGUUUGAUGAUGAUGGGAGGGAGAUUCCGGGCGGGGGGAAGGGGUAUCGCUAUUUUGGACGGGCGAGGGAGUUGCCGGGGGUGAAGGAGAUGUUUGAGGCCGCGGCGAGACGGGGGAGGCCGGCGGAGGAGGACGAGGAGGAUGGGGAGGGAUUGAAGGGACGGGGGGGCGAGAUUGCGACGAAGAAGGUCGAUGCGAAUUAUUUUGGUUAUGGGUUGGAUGAGGAGGAUGGGACGUUGUUGGCGUAUGAGAAGCAGAAGGAGAAGGAGGCUGUGGAGAGAUUGCGCAGGAAGGAGGAUGAUGUUGAGGAUGGUUGGGAGCCGUUGCCUGGGGAUGCUGGCGAUGGUGUGGAGUGGAGGUUGCCGAGCCUGGAUGAGGUUCAGGAGGAGUUGGUCGAUCGACGGAGGAGGAGAUUGUUGGAUAAGAUCUCGUGAGGUUGUGCGGGCUUGGGGGUACUGCGUUGGGCGUCUGUCUCUUCCGUCGUCCUGUGUUUUCUAAGGGGUCUCUUUUCUCUGUCAUGGGCGUUAUGGUUCUUUAUUCGGUGUGAUUUCGUCUCAUCUUGUCUC